AUGGAGCGUAGUGAGCCCUCGUUGAAGCCGGAAUGGCUGCUGCGGCCCACAGUACCUGCCACGGCCCAUAAGCCGGCGACUUCGCCCCGCACAGAUGAUCACGGCAGGGGUGCUUCAUCAAGAAACCGUUUGUCAGGGCGAGAUCGUGAUCGGAGCUCCCAACAGUCCUCGUCUCGGAGAGGUUCAAGCUCUAGUGGUUCAAGGCGGAAUGAUCGAGAUGGUUCAGGGAAAUCAAGAGGCUAUGGUAAUUUUGGAAAGCACAACAAGGAAAGGAUACAAGAGAAGGACCUGGAUUUUCGUGAUCGGGAGAGUAGGUUGGUUCAGCCUGAUGAUCCUUUACGUGAUGGCUUUGAGUCCUUUAGCUCAUGCAGAUCUGAAAAGGACAGGCUUAACCGUACUCAUUCAAAGGUGGCCAUAUCAAAUCGGGCAGUAGGAGUAAGUUUAGACAAUGGUAAUGUAUCUAAAAAAGACAAUGGUGUCAUCUCCUUUGAGCGAGAAUUCCCACACCUUGGUUCUGAGGACAAAAAUGGAAAGCAAGACAUAUGUCGAGUUCCGUCUCCUGGAAUUAGCACCCCAAUUCAGAACAUACCAUUGGUAGUAUCUGAUGGCUGGAAUUCAGUGCUUGCAGAAGUACCUAUGCUAGGGGAUCCAAACAUUAACUCUGUUUCCUCUUCCUCAUCACCCGCUGGUUCUAGUAAACAGAUUGAAGUGUCCAACUCUGGGAGUGCGUUAAGCAUGGCUGAAACAGUGAUGCAGUCGCCCUUAAAGAUUUCUACCACCCCUCAGUUAUCAAUCGAUGCUCAGAAGAUUGAAGAAAGAACUAUGAGGCAGUGCAUUCUAAGACCUCUUACACCAUCAUCAAACAAAAUAUCUGCAUCUAAUUCUUUGGAUAAGUUAUUAAAAUCCAAAGGCGCAAGAGUGGGAGAGUCUAAUGGUCCUAUCAAGGUUGCUCCACAACUGUCAAUACAACCAUCUAGCAGCUCUGUUCGCACUCCGGCCAAAACUGAGCUCGUAAAGCAAUCUCAAUCAGGCAGCCUUCAAGUCCUUAGUCGUGAGCAGAAUGGUACUGUAAAUGCUGCUGCCAAAGACAGCACCAGCAAUCCUGUGAGCCCUGUUCUAGGUCGAUCUUCUUCAAUGGAACCUAUGAGAAAGUCUAUUGUCAACCCAAAGCUUAAGGUUGGCACUAAUGGCCGUUCUUUGCAUCCACUGCAAGGUUCAUUUGCUGACAGAAAAGCAAGUGCAAAAGACAAGUACAAAUUUUUUGAGUUGUUGCGGAGCAAGUCUGUAAAUGGUUCAAGCACUGCUAUUGAGUCUCCAUCUAGCCUGACUGAUGAUCAGCAGAACACUAGUCUUGAUUCGCCUUUCAAGUUUAUUGAAAAUGGGAGCAGUUCCUGUGAAGAAGCAAAUUCUUGUGAGGGUUCUCAGCGACACUUGUCGGACAAUGAGGAAAUCAUUCCACCUUCAGAAUCUCAUGAUGUUUUAGAUGAGGGAUCUCUGGGGAUUCAAGUUGACGACAGGGAUGCCAGCUCUUCACCAGUACUUGAUGACACUGAAGAUAUAGCUUCUAAGAAGCUCCAGCAAGACAAUGUUGAUAUUGUGCCCAUCAUACCUGCUUAUGUAAAUGAUGGUUCUGUUGACAAUGAAGCAAGUUUGCCGCUGGAGGAAGCCAAUCCUGCUCAAGUGUUACAGCACAUUGGAGCAAGGGAAGAGAAUCCCUGUCCUGCUCAAGAGUUUGAGUCCAUUGGGGCAGGUGGGGAGGAAGAGUUGAACCUCCUGAGAUCUAUGGGCUGGGAUGAGAACGAAGAUGUUCAGCCUCUUCAGCAGGAGGAGAUUGCUGAUUGUCUAAGGCAGAACGCGAGGCUGCAACAGAAGCUUCAGGAAUGCAGGGGCUGA